AUGCAAGCCUCCAGUUACAGGAUCUCAGAUGUGCCUUGUGGCUUCAGCAGGACAUGGUGGGCGGGGAAAAAAGGCGGCACUUCUGGCGUUUCCCGCCUCCAAGGAAAAGGGCACAGAAUUUUGAAGAAGACCCCACUUACUCACCCAGCUCUUGUGCAGUAUGGGGGGGGAACUAAGAAGCAAGGCGAACCCGAGGAGGCGGAGAGGGGAAACACAGGGACGCGGGGCGGCUGUCCCAGAGGGCGCGCUGUCCCCGGCCGUGAGCCGCGCGCCGUCCCGCCCCGCCGCCCCGCCCACCGCGCCCGCCGCGCCCGCCGGCCUCCGAGGUGGGCGAGGCGGGGAUGCUGUGGGCGGGGCCUAGAGGGGUGGGACCGGGGGCGUGGCGGGCGGGUUCCGAGCCCCUUGGCCGGGAGGCGCUGUCGGCCAGCGCGGCGAGCGCAGCUCAGCGCCCGGCGGGUGCGCGGCGGGCUUGGGGUGCCGCGCGGUAGCGCACCCCCCUGCGCCCCAGCGGCCGCGGGCUUGCUGCAGCGCUUUCUUUCGAUGCAGAACGAGCCCCAGGCACCCCAGCAGGCCGCACGCUUCUCUUUCGCGGUGGAUGAGGUCGCCUGCAGAUCCAGGCUGGGCCUUAUGGGCUGCCCAGGCGGAGCGGGACUUCCCGGUCAUCGUCAUCCUCCGCUCCCCGCGCUCAGCCUGGCCCGAGCUCGGCUUCCCCAGCCCCUGUCCACCGCCCACCUGCUGAGGAGCAGCAGAGUGCUGUGUCACUCAGGAGUUGGGGACCCCUGACCGAAC